UGGCGACGACGUACAAUUUUCACCUUUAUUUUAUUUGUUGUCGUAGAAAAAGGUAUUCAAGCUUUAAAAGCUUAGUUCUCAGAGCUAGAAGUAGAAUUAACAUUCCCUUCUUUAGUGUGUUUAUUUCCUUUCCGCGUCGCAGCGAGUUAUUCUGUAAAAAGCCGCCUGUUUUCAGUGUUCUUCUAAAGAACCGUGAAAAAUGUCUCUGGCGGACGAAUUGUUGGCAGAUCUCGAAGAAGCAGGAGAAGAAGGUAUAGAUCUAGACUACAGGGACAACGAAAAUGAUAUCGAAGAAGCGAUGGAGACUACAGAUAUUGGGGACAUCUCCAAAUCUGUUCAACACGUCGCCAAACUCAGAGACAGUCAAGAGCUGACCAGUGUUCUAGCAAGAAUUACAGAAUUCAGUGAAAAACCACGGAAUCAAGUGUUUGGUCCGGCGGAAGCGGAUCCCGAGUAUCAACUGAUAGUUGAGGCCAAUAACCUUACGGCAGAGGUCGAUAAUGAGAUAGGGAUAAUUCAUAAAUAUCUGCGUGAUUUGUACUCUAAACGCUUUCCUGAGCUUGAAUCGCUUGUUCCACAUGCAUUGGAUUACAUACGAACGGUUGAAUUACUGGGGAAUGAGCUUGAAGUGACAAAAGUUGACCUCACAGAUAUCUUACCACCGGCAACCAAGAUGGUUAUCAGUGUGACUGCCUCAACAACGCAAGGAGAGAAACUAGAUGAUGAAGAAAUUGAACGAGUGUUUGAGGCUUGUCAAAUGGUGACACAUUUACUAGAUGCUAAGUUGAAAAUUUUUGAGUAUGUAGAGUCUAGGAUGGCUUUCAUUGCUCCUAAUAUAUCAAUUAUUGUUGGGGCAUCAACUGCGGCAAAGCUUAUGGGUGCGGCUGGUGGACUGACCAACCUUGGGAAGAUGCCUGCGUGUAAUGUUAUGAUCCUUGGAGCACAGAAGAAAACUCUGUCUGGCUUCUCGAGUGCUGCUAUACUUCCACAUACUGGGUUUAUUUACUUCAGUCCAAUUGUACAGAACAUGCCUCAGGACAUGAGAAAGAAAGCUGCUCGUAUUGUUGCUGCAAAAUGCACUCUUGCUGCCCGAGUCGACAGCUUCCACGAGAGUACUGAAGGUACAAUAGGGAAACGUCUGCAAGAGGAGAUUGACAAGAAAUUUGAAAAGAUGGUUGAGCCUCCACCUGUCAAGGAAGCCAAGGCAUUGCCGAGACCAGAUGACGCCCCAAGGAAAAAAAGAGGUGGCCGUAGAGUGAGAAAGAUGAAGGAGAAGUUUGCAGUGACAGAGAUGAGGAGACAAGCCAACAAGGUUGAGUUUGGCAAGAUUGGGGAGGAUGUGUAUCAGACUGACUUGGGUUUCUCCGUGGGAACUCUCGGCAGGAAGGAGAAUACUGGUAGGGUGCGGACACCUGCGGUUGACAAGAAGACACAAGUCUCCAUCUCCAAACGUUUGCAGCGGAGUCUUCAGCAGUCUCAAGGGUAUGGAGGUCAGUCCACGGUUCGCAGUGCUCGUAGUACAGUCUCAGGGACAGCAUCUAGUGUUGCCUUCACUCCCUUGCAAGGUCUAGAGAUUGUCAACCCACAAGCCGCAGAGAAGAAGGUGGCAGAUGCGAAUGCAAAGUACUUCUCUAGCACUGCUGGCUUCCUUAAGGUUGCAAAGAAGGAUUGAUAAAAUCAAUGAACUCUCGAAAGCCGUACCAGCGGUUGCUUUAACUGUAUUAUACUAUGUGAAUUCUUGAAAAAGGUAACAGUAGUUAUCUGUGGAAAAGUCUUGGUGACACUACUGUAAACUCUGUGAUACUAUGUCAGCAGUUAUCUGUAAUAAAAUCUUGGAAACUACUGUA